GCCCCAACCAUAUCACCUUAUAGACUAAUAAGUAUUAAGUAAUAUCAUUCUUCUAGGGUUUUAUUCGACUUCUAGGGUUUCUCUGCAAAUCUUCUUCUUUUCCUCCAAAAAAGCAGCAAUGGCGGUACCUUUAUUAGACAAGAAAAUCGUGACGAAGAGAGUGAAGAAGUUCAAGAGGCCACAACAUGACCGCAAAAUCUGCGUGAAGACAAACUGGCGCAGGCCAAAAGGUAUAGAUUCGCGAGUCCGAAGGAAGUUUAAGGGGGUAACGUUGAUGCCCAACAUUGGGUAUGGCUCAGACAAGAAAACUCGUCACUUCCUGCCUAAUGGCUUUAAGAAGUUUGUUGUUAACAAUGUCAACGAGCUGGAACUUCUGAUGAUGCACAACAGGACAUACUGUGCUGAGAUUGCGCACAAUACUUCAACGAAGAAGCGAAAAGAGAUAGUUGAGCGUGCUACACAACUCGAUGUUGUGAUAACCAACAAGCUCGCUAGGCUUGCUAGUCGGGAGGACGAGUAAUUCUGUGGUUUUGGUUUCCGUAAGAUCUUAGCGUCUCAAAUACAUUAAUGUAACUACAAAAGACAUUCAGUGCAUUCUGCUCUCUUGGAAUGUCCUUGGGAAUCUGUGUAUUGUUGGCGGAUGUAUGUAUUUAACAUAGAUAAGACUCUCUCAUCCAUCUCUACAGUUGAAACAUUUAGAGGUAUCAUGUCCUCGUAUGACAUGCAUUGAUAUUUUUGCCCCGAAA